UUGUCCAGAGAAGCGGAGGAUCAUUGUAUUCCGCGGUGUUGAAUUGGAGGUCGUGUUUUGUUUGUUUGUUUGUUUGUUUGUUUGUUUGUUUUAGCGCGGCCUGUGUGUGAGCGCGUCCGUCCUUCCGUCAUGCCCCCUGUGCGGAUCUGAAGGGGACACUUGAAGCAGUGACAUGCAUCCCCCGAGCGCCGGACCCGUUCCCUCUCGCACAGCGCAGAUCCUGUGAAGCAGGCCGUGUUUUUUUUUUCCGUAGCGAAACGCCGCGCUGAUGAUGCUCAAACAUGUCGGGGAAUCAUUACAAAGGCCACGAAGUCAGCUGCUGCAUCAAAUACUUUAUUUUCGGAUUCAACAUCCUGUUUUGGCUGCUGGGGAUGGCUUUAGUUGGAAUUGGACUGUGGGCGUGGAGUGAGAAGGGGGUUCUGUCGAACAUCUCAUCUAUCACAGAUCUGGGGGGUCUGGACCCCGUCUGGCUCUUCAUGGUGGUUGGGGGAGUUAUGUUCAUUCUGGGCUUUGCCGGAUGCAUUGGAGCACUGCGAGAAAACACGUUCCUACUCAAGUUUUUCUCCGUGUUUCUUGGAAUCAUCUUCUUCCUGGAGUUGACAACGGGAGUUCUUGCGUUUGUCUUCAAGGACUGGAUUAAAGACCAGCUCAAUCUGUUCAUCAACAACAACAUCCGGGCAUAUCGGGAUGACAUUGAUCUACAGAACCUCAUCGAUUUCACUCAGGAAUAUUGGGAGUGUUGCGGUGCCUUUGGAGCAGAUGAUUGGAACCUGAACAUCUAUUUUAACUGUACUGAUGGAAAUCCUAGUCGGGAAAAGUGUGGCGUUCCCUUCUCCUGCUGCACCAAAGACCCAGCGGAGGAUGUAAUCAACACUCAGUGUGGCUAUGACAUUCGAGCCAAACCAGACUCGGAGCAGAAGGACUACAUCAAUGUCAAAGGUUGCGUGCCGCAAUUUGAGAAGUGGCUACAGGACAAUCUGACCUUGGUGGCGGGAAUCUUCAUUGGAGUUGCACUACUGCAAAUUUUUGGGAUUUGUUUGGCUCAAAACUUAGUGAGUGACAUCGAGGCUGUGCGGGCCAGCUGGGUGCCCCCCUCUCUCUCCAUGCGUCGACUCCCACCAUACUCCAGCAAGAAAGCAUCGGCUUACUACUCAUGAGACAGACACACACACACAUACUGCAUGUGUGUUUGUCACCGUUUCUUUACCUAAUGCUCGAGCAGCCUUUAAGCUCCAACUUUGAACACAUCUCCCUGAAAACGCUGUCAGGGAGCUCUGGGAGAACAUCACUGAUCACUGCACCAUUUCCUUCACUGAACCAGCACCUUUUUUUCCCAAGGCACUAAUAUGUGAAAUGCUUUGUACAUAAACACUGUGACUACUGUAAAAAGACUGAGAGCAUCGUUAAAAACGGACGAUAUGCAGAUUGUUGCAAUGCUCCGGUUUUGAUAGGUACAGAGUAGGAGUUUUGAUAAAUCUUUUUGAUAUUAGAUCUGUAUUUUUCACUGUGGAAAUUAAGGCCCAUCACCUAGGACUGAAAUAGAAGGAACUGAGCUUCAUGGUUCUCACAGUUAAGCCCUUGCUUCAGGCACCUUCCCAUAGGUUGUGCGUGACUGAGGCGCUGUAGGUCGCAAAGGAAUCUGCAUUGUUUUUAAAUGAAACAAAAGUUCUUGUUGCUUUGUGGAUAUUUCUGUAUAUUGCUGUGAUAGGAACAGUGAGCUAAAUAUACCCCAAAUUCAAAACGCAUUCAGAAUGAAAGAAGGGAUCACUUCAACUGUUUAGCACGAUGACUUACUUCUCUACUCAUGAACUAAAGUAAUGGAAGUGUUUGAGAAUAUUGCUGUUACUUUGUAGCUCUCCUAACAUCAUGGUUGGAUGACCCAUGGCAUCAUACUGAUUAACAGACUGCUACAUAUUUUGUGGUGCUGACUGAAUUGUGUCUGUGGCACCAGGUAAUGAAACUUCAUUAUUCUUUGAUCAGAACGUCUCUGAUGAGAUUAGACGACUGAAAACACAGAGUUGACUUUUUCUGUUUAAAGGGGAUCUGUUAGUUACACGUUUCCUCAUUUUCUUCUACCAGUUACUCUGAAGACUAAGUUUAUGUUUUUUUGUUUUCCUCCUUUUUGCUGAGUGGAUCAACUUGUUAGAGCAGUGCAGCUCCCAACCACUGGGUGCUAGCUGUCAGCAGCCUUCCAGAAAACAGCCAAUAAAAAGGGGGCUUUCAGGAAGGAGGCACUAAGGAGACAGGAGCUCAAAAGUCUGAACUGAGAGACUUUGUUACUGGAGAAACUAAGGUGCAAGCUCUGGAGCUGAAAAAUUAAAGGCAGAAGCGGACUGUAGUUUCUCUGAGUGCAUCUUGGGGUGUUUUUAAAUUACUCAUCUACCUGGCGAGUUGAAUUAUGGGUGUGGCCUCUUUAACAGGUGUGUCGACACUGGCAGCUGGAGCCGAUAAGCAUCUGCUAGACCUCACCAUUGCUAAUUUGAGUCAGCGAAAUAGAUCUCUCCUGUGUUAAUGCUUGAACCAUUUCUAAUAGAACAUUUGAUUAGUAUUAAGGCUUAUUGAUUGGUACAGAAUAUGCCAGUUUUGGUAACUGAAAUUCUGUUGUUUUAUUAGUCUGUUUAAGUGGAAAAAAAAAGGGUCCUCUUUAAAGAAUAGAUUUAAAUACCCACAUGGUAUAGUACAUGCUUAAAGUACAGUAAUUACACUAAAAUUGUCACAGUUUGACUACACUUGAAAAGAUGGGAAAUCCGGUCUUUGUAGGACACAAAAAUACAUUACAGAAUUCAUCUGAAGCUAAAACGGGGCUCCAGCUACAAGUUCUCUUUGUUGUGGUGUAUGUGCGCUGGUGUUGUAACCUACAUGUGACUACCAAAACAUAUCCUGGAGGAGGAGCUCUGUGAAAAUUAUGAUAAAAACAAACAAACUUUUGGGAUUACACACUGAGUGUAAACCCAAAAUCUGGAAUGUAAGAAUUACACUUUAACUUGGGGGGGGGAAGUCCACAUUAAAUCAAUUAAUUGAUCAUGAAGUAUAUUGUAAAGAAAUGGACUGUAUUUCUCAAAGAGAUUUAAAAAUAGUUUGAGUUCAUCAGUCCUUCUCUCACUGUAUCAUAUGUGAAUAAAAACUUUUUUUUUUUUUUGCAGUUAUUAGAAUCUUGAUUGUUUGAAUAUCACCCUGAAACCCAACUUUUUAAGCCCGCUGUAUGUAAAGUUUGUUCAUGUCCUGAUACGAGUGAACAUAUUUUAUGGAACACUUCUCAUUUUAGUGUUUUUUUGCCGAGGGGGUUUCACUCAAAAAGUUCAGUGAAGUUUGGCGUAAAGUUAGAACUCGGGUGAGCAAAGGAGUCACACGGUGUGGAUCUGAUAAAUAUAAAGACUUCUUCGUACAUGGGGGGGCUUUAUAAGCAUUUUCAGUAUUUCACACCCAGCAUUUUUCCACUUGAUUGAAAACAAAUCUGACACUUGCGCCCCACAGCUCUCAUUCACUGUGUGUACUUUAAUGCAGAUUUAAUCAGUUUUCACCAUAUAGAAAAAAACAAGACUCUAAAAAGUUUACUUUGUUGUGUCUGUGUUUCCUCUGAUGAUUUAAAGUGAUUUUAUUUGCUCCAAGCAUGUAUUUGUAACAAAGUAUUUACAAUAUUCUUUCCAUUGUUAUGAUGGUUAAAGUGUUUCCCCCGGACCUCCACAGUGUUAUAUUCAGAGAACGUGUUAAGCUACUUAAAAAGGGAUCGACACCGUUUGAUAGUAAAUAUUUAUUUUACAUUUAAUUUAGAUUUCUAACACUAAAACACGCAGUACUACUGAAGCUGAAGCGACACUUUUGCAGGUUGUAAAAUGUUCAGCCGAGGUGUAAUACAGUCGUGCUGUAGAGGCCUCGCAGUCACCACUACCUGAAGAACCUUCUCGGACUGUUAAGCGGAUCACGCCACAGACACUGUAAUGUAACUGCCUCUUACUUCCUUGUCUAAAAUCCUGUUCAAAUUGGACCGCUUUUAAUAUCAAGUAAAAUUAAUAAAGGUGAUGAAAACACA